CACGGUGGGCAAGUUUGAGAAGAGAGGGUUUGUUGAGAAAAACAGCCACACAUACAUACACACACGCGCACUCUCAAAACCACACGGCAGCUACAGAUGCCGCGGGCCAGCAGUCGCUCGCCUGAUUUUCUGCGCGUAAAUGACUGAUCAGAAUGAAUCUGUUCCGCUCCGUUUUCCGUAGAGACUCUCUGAAAGUAGAAAGAAACGUUUGGGCAAAGUGAGAGCUUUGGUUAGUACAGAAAGGAGUACUUGCGAGUCUUUCAGAACCCUUUUUGUGUGUGUGUGAGAACCGCAUUGUAUUUGGCUGAUGCCCCCUCUCCCACUCGGUGUCCUCGUGAAUCAUGUCGCGCCGGAAACAGAAACGGCCCCAACAACUUGUGAACCCGGCCACCGGGAACACGCGGAUACUGACGCAAGGUGAGCAGCUGGCAGUGAAGUCCCUGUCCUUCUCCUUGAUUUCAGACUCUUCGUCAUCAUCAUCCUCUUCCUCCCUGCUGGACUGCCAGCCCCCUCUGGUGCCCCGCCCCUCUCCUGGGGGCCUCCACACCCCCUCUCUGCCCACGGAAACCUCCCCGCCCUCCCACUCCCCGAAUCAGCUCACCCCCUACACCACCUCCCUCCCUCACGCCCACUGCUCCCUGUCGCCCGACUUCCCCCACCCCUCCCUCUCCUCCCAGACGCGCCCCCCGAGCCCCGCCCCUUCCUCCCAGGCCCAGCCUCAGCCCCGCCCCCUCAUGGCCUCGCCUAAGCUGGGCGUGUCGGCCACCACCACCUCCUCGUCCUCCUCCUCUUCCUCCUCCUGCGCCCCGCCCCAUCCGGGCAGCCCCAGCCCGGUGCCCGAGGGCCCGCCCAGCCCGGUCACGCCCUCCCCCUCCCCCGGGGGGGCCCCGCCCGGCCCCGCGGCCCCUCGCCCCGCCCUCAGCAUCGCGGUGAUCCUGGAGGAGCUGCAGGUGCUGCAGCAGAGGCAGAUCUACCAGAUGCAGAUGACCGAGGAGAUCUGCAGGCAGGUGCUGCAGCUGGGGGGGGCCGCCGCCUGCGGCCUGGACUCCCCCCCGCUGCCCCCGCUCCCCCAGCUCUGCCUGGAAGGGGGCGUGCCGGGGGAGAGAGCCGGCUCUGGCUCCGCCCAUCCGCUCCCGCCCCCGCCAGGCUCCGCCCCCCAGCUCCUGGCUUGCUUCCCGUCCCUGCUGCCCCAGUCCCUGCCCAAGCCGAAAGCGCCGCACUCCCUGUCCCAGGUCCUGCGGCCGCUCAAGUCCCAGUUCGAGGGCGGGGCUGCUGGGGGGCGGGGCUAUGUUGGGGGUGGGGCAGGCCGAGGUGGCACCAUCCCCUCUUCUUCCUCUGCCACUUCCUCCUCCUCCUCCUCUUCGUCCACCCCCACGGCGGCCGUCACGCCCCAGUACCCGCCCUCCCUGGCCCUGGGUCUGCCUCCUCGCUACCUCCACGAGAAGUCCCCCAACACCACCUCCGCCGGAGGCCUGGCCUUUUUCGCCCCGCCCCUCUUCAGCUCCGCCUCCCUGCCGGGCCCCUCCCAGGAGGGCGUGUCCUCGUCGUCGGGCGGGUCCGGGUCGGCGGGCGGGGCCUCGGGGGGGCUGUCCCGCCUCUCGCACGCCUGCCGCUUCUGCGGGAAGCUGUUCAGCAGCGACUCGUCGCUGCAGAUCCACCUGCGCUCGCACACGGGCGAGCGCCCGUACCAGUGCCCCGUCUGCCUCAGCCGCUUCACCACGCGCGGGAACCUCAAGGUGCACUUCCUGCGCCACCGCGAGCAGAACCCCGAGCUCUCCCUCUCCCUGCUGCCCCCCUCCCUCUUCGGGGCGGGGCAAGGGGGGCCGGAGCCCAUUUCUGCCGCCGCCGCCGCCGCCGCAGCCGCUGGGGUGGGCGCGGCUCAGAAGCGCAGGAAGCGGCGUGCCGAAGAGGAGCUGUUCGGGGAGGGGUCGGACGGGCGGGGCGGGGCGGGGUUCUCCCUGGGCGUGUCCCCUCGGGCCCCGCCCUCCUCCCUCCCGCUGCCCCCCAGCGUAGACCUGGCGCUGCUGUCCACAGCGCACUCCCUGCUGCAGCUCAACCGAGCCGCCGCCGCUGCCGCCGCCGCCGCCGCCGCCUCCGGCUCCGCCCCCCCCGCCUCCUCCUCCUCCUCCUCGUCCACCUCCUCCGCCCUCACUUCCUCCCUCCUCUCCUCCACCUCUUCCUCCUCUUCCUCCCCGUCCGGGCCCUUGGCCUCCAUGGCUGGGCUGUACAAAGCCGGGUCCAAGCGUUUCGACGAGAACACGCCCCCGCACCAGGCCCUCCACCCUCACUCCGCCUACUCCCACCUGGCCCACCUCCCCAAAAUCCUCUUCCCCACCACCGCCCCUUCCCACCACCCCCACCACCACCCCGGGCUGACCCUGCUCCGUCCCCCGCCGCCCCCUCCCGGCCCGGGGUCCCACCUGGCCCCGCCCCACCCGCAGCUCACCUUCCCCUUCUCCAGCUUCCCGAAAGCGCCCCAGCCCCCGUCCUCAGACACCUCCAAGCUGCAGCGGCUGGUGGAGAAGCUGGAGAAGGAGCCUCUCCACGGCUCCGCCCACAGCUCCGUCGAGAACUCCGCCUCCGGCAGCACGAGCUCCGCCCCCGCCGGCUCCUCCCCCGUCGGCUCCGCCCCCGGCCUCACCCGAGAGAUGAUGGCGGCCCUGGGGGUGAGCGCCAACGGCGGCGGGGCGGGGCCCGGGGCGGUGAUGGGCGGGGCCGAGCUGGGCGGCGGGGGGGCGGCGGCGGCCAAUCAGUGCGGGGUGUGCCUGCGGGUGCUGAGCUGCCCGCGGGCGCUGCGGCUGCACCAGGCCACGCACCUGGGCGACCGGCCCUUCCCCUGCAAGCUGUGCGGCCGCUCCUUCUCCACCAAGGGCAACCUGCGCGCCCACCAGGCCACCCACCGCGCCCGCCCGCCCGCCCGCGCCCAGAACUCCUGCCCGCUGUGCCAGCGCAAGUUCACCAACGCGCUGGUGCUCCAGCACCACAUCCGCAUGCACCUGGGGGGCCAGCUGCCGCCCGACAGCCCCGAACCCGAGCUCGCUGCCCGCCCCCUGCUCAGCCCGGGCGCCGCCGGCGCCGACGCCGCCCCCGAUGCCGACCCCGGCCCCGACCCCGCCCCCGGCUCCGCCCCCGACCCCGCCCCUCAGCCACUGGCCCCAGCAGCGGAGGACCCGCCCGGCAGCCCUGACCUCGUACCCCCGGCCGACCUCAGCCCUGACCCCGCCCUGAACCCCGCCCCGGACGCCACUCCGCCCGGCAGCGCGGAGCCGCCCGUCCUGAGCGCCAGCGUGACCACGCCCCUCGCCGACCCCCUGGCGACCCCCGCUGACCCCGCCGCUCCUGCCACGGCCGUCACAAAAGAGGAGGAGGGUCCCUGCGCUGAGCCGCCGCCUACCACCCCGUGCCCCUCCCUCCGCCCGCCUAGCCCCCCCACCGGUCUGAGCCACAGCGCUGAAGGAGACUGUCACCCCCAGAGUGCCCCCGACGACACCCCGGGCCAGCCCGUCCCCACCGAUACCCCUGCUGCCUCCCCCAACAGCCCCAUCCCCAAUGUCACCUCCAGCAUUGCCCCCACCCCUGAAACCAGCAAGGAGAGCAUGGCCCCCCUCUCGUCCCCUGCCGCUACGCCUCUCCCUCACUUAGGUGGGACUCCCAACCCCUCUCCUGCCGAACCCCUUGGCACCCCCACCACGCCCCCCUCCUCGGUACCAAAGAUUGACAUGGGCGCAGCGCCAGAGCCCACCACCGGGGCGGCGCCGCUCCCGCACCCCUCGGGAGCGGCUCCAAAAGAGGAGGCCCCCGAGCAGGCGGGGCCGUCCCUGAGGGACGGCAGGAGGAGCCUGCUCAGCUCGCCCGCAAAGGAUGAUGGGAGCGGCGGCGUCAAGGCCGCGGGGCCGGAUCCUGAUUGGCUGGCCGCCGCCACCGCUCUGCCGCCGCCUGUCCUGCGCCCCCCAGAAAAGAAAAUAUACAGCUGCUCCGAGUGCGGGAAGGAGUACGCCAGCCGCAGCGGCCUGAAGGGACACAUGAAGCACCACGGGGUCGUAGUCAAGGGCUCGCGCCCCCCGCCGCGGAGUACUCGCCUGCCCCCCUCUGCUCCCCCUGCCCCUGCCCCGGCCUCCGCCACCAACAGCGGGCCAGUCAGUUUCUGGAACCAGUACCAGGUGUUCCUGACCAAUAGCAGCGACCAGCCGGAAGACCCAGUUCCAAACCCAGCCAAUGGCAGCCAAGCUGAGGAGGUUGAAAUGCCUCGAUUGGCCAAGUCUCCCGAGAAGCCCCAGCCAUCGGAGGACCAGGCCGCAGGGACUGGCUUGGAGGAGCUGAGGGAGGAGUCUAAGGGGGGUGCUGAACCCGAGGCCAUGUGAUUGGCUGAGCCGGGGGCAUCUCGGUACUUCAAAUAAACUUUUACUUCCUGGGGGAAACACAUUUUUAAAUUGUGUUGUUUUUCUAUUUACCAGAGUAGCUGGGUAGUUCUCGAGUAAAUGGGCUAGUUAGUGUGUGUGACGUAGUGAGGCAGAAUGGCGGUUAAAGUCCUAAAAGUGAACAGGCAAAGGAGGCAGGGGGGAAUAGGUAUGGAGAGAGAGAAGGAGAGAGAGAGAGAGCGAUGGAGAGAGUGAGAGAGAAAGAGCAAGAUAUAAGGAGUGAGAGAGAAGGAGAGGUUCUAUCUCAGAGUUGUUGGAGAGUCCUAGCACUCUUUUGUCUAAUUUCUCCAUUUCUGUUUGUAAUCUUUAAAAAAGGGAUAUGUGUUAGGUACAAAGGGAUUUUUUUUCUUUAAAGCACUGGUUUAGAAGGCACAAUGGUAACUGUGUAGUGUAGCACCUCCUGAGUGGUCCUGGCAUUAGAUGGUUAUUUACAAAAAAAAGUAAUAUAUGUUAAUGUUUACAUGUGGUGUACAUUUAUGCUUCAGUGCAUUUGUGCAUAUCGGCUAUUGUCAUUUCCAUACAUGCGUCAUGUGCCCACGCACAUACACUGAGACAUUAGGAAAAAGAUCUGUAUGUUACAUGAAUAUGCCAUAUGGUUUGAUAAGUACUUUAUAUUAAGGAUUCCAUACUGAUGGUACAUUGACAUACAUUACUUUUGCAUGACGGUAUUGGCCAGCUUGUCCUGUGUGUGGGAGGGGUUAGUAAAUUUAAGUAGGCACUCUUCCCUAAUGUCUGUUCUGAAAGGUUCGUUGCUGUGUACUUAAUGGAGGGAGGGGGCAUCCAUUAUCACAUGAUGGCUUUGAUUACGAUGAUGGACUGGUGUGCUCCAGUCUGAUCUAGCCCAGUCCAGUCUGGCCUGGUUUUUUCUGGUUAAUUCCGGUUCACUCUGGCCUGGUCAGGUCUUGAGACCCGAUUGGUGAGGACUAUCCAAGUACUGCUGCCCUCUGCUGGUGAUUCUGCUGCUGGUUUUGUUCAGAUUCUGCACCUGCUCUGUCCACGUGACUUUCCCCUGUCACACAACAGGCUCAGUUCCCUGGAUUUUCCUAGAACAUUCCCUGGAUAUUCCUUGAACGUUCCCUGGUCUUUCCCCAAAUGUUCCCUGAGCAUUUUUCCCUGGAUUUACUCUGAACAUUCCCUGGACUUUCCCCGAACAUUCCCUGAGCAUUUUCCCAUGGAUAUUCCGUGAACAUUCCCUGGACUUUCCCCAAACAUUCCCUGAGCAUUUUACCCUGGAUAUUCCCUGAACGUUCCCUGGACCUUCCCCAAACAUUCCCUGAGCAUUUUCCCCUGGAUAUUCCCUGAACAUUCCCUGGACUUUCCCCAAACAUUUCCUGAGCAUUUUUCCAUGGUUAUUCCUUGAACGUUCCCUGGACUUUGCCCAAACAUUCCCUGAGCAUUUUUCUCUGGAUUUACGCUGAACGUUCCCUGGACUUUCCCCAAACAUUCCCUGAGCAUUUUUCCCCUGGAUGUUCCCUGAACGUUUGCCGGUUGGUUCCUGAACAAUUCUUGGACGUUCCUCGAGUGUUUUUUGGACGUUUCUCCUGUGUGUUCCAUAGAGGUUUCCCGAGAGUUUCCUGUGCGUUUUGCAGCCAUUUCCUGGGUGCAUCCUGAACAUUUCGUAGGUGUUUUCUGGACAUUCCUUGAGCGUUUUCUGAGCGUUCUCUAGGUGUUUUCAGAGCAUUAGGGGUAGACACCCCCCAUGUCUUGUGACUGUGCUGUGUUUCCCAAGGUGCCACAGUAGUCUCUGUAUAAUUAGAUGGGUCUUUCCAACUUAAAUUUUUUUUUUGUUAUUGUCAUUGUUCUUAUCAUUUGAAGUUUAACUGGAUGUCUGCUUUCCGGCCUUGUCGUGAUUGUGAUAUCUUCAGUGUAUGUUCAGUGUUCAAUCGAGAGGAAAAAUUAAAACGAUAAUAAUGAAACUAUGUAAAGGCUG